AUGCAAUCUGAAAAUCAAUCUCCUGAUCCCAAUCAGGACAACUACCAGCAAGCAGAUCCUACAAAAAUCAUAUGGAAAGCUCUACAGGAUCUCAAGCUUGGAGCAGACAAAGAGAGGUGGAUCGUUCAUGAGGAUGCUCAGAAGAAGUUUGCAAAAGACCAUCGCCUCUGUCUGGUAGCUAAAGGUCUUAAUCCUUUCCAUCAGAAUCCAGCGGGGAUAAAGGUAGCUCUGCCGAGGAUUUGGCAACUUGUUGGGAAGGUGGAGAGACAAAUCAAUGAUGAUGGAACCGUUAACUUCUACUAUCAAAAGGAGCAUCAUCUCCACAACGUAUUAGAAAAGCAACGUUACACCUACCGAGGGUGGAUCGUCGCUCUGGAUCGUUGGUCGAAUAGAAAUCACCCGAGCUUCUUGAGGGAGAUCCCUUUCAAAGUAAGAAUCUAUAAUCUUCCUGAUAUGUAUCGUCGCCAUGGAAUGGUGGAAAGUAUUGGAUCAAAACUGGGAUAUGUUGAUGAAGUCUCUAUCAUAGAACCCUCUACUACAAAGGAAGCUGAAGUCUGGGUUAAAAUCCUUUUUGAUGAAGAUGAUGUUAUUACUCUUGCAAGAACAGUGGAACUUCUGAAGGAUCAGCCACCAGUUGAACUUGAAUUUCGCUACUUAGGCCUUCAAAAGUUCUGUAUGCUCUGUGGAAGUCUAAAGCAUGGAUAUGAAGCUUGUGAUGUUUCUCCUCAACUGCAACAAAGGCAAUAUGAGCUAAUGGACAUUGGCUCUAAUCCUUAUGUAACUGCUCAACAAAGAAGUGCGGCAAUUGAGGAGUAUAUUACUUCAAGGGAGGCGGGUCAGUCAUCUGGUACUGCUGUAAGUGAGUACAUCAAUCUGAACCAGAGUCAUGAUAAUAGCGUCCAGACAGAUCAGCUCAACAAUACAGAAGAACAGGAGCGGACUGUAGGUACGGUUACCCUUGUGCAAGAAGUGUUGCCUACGCCUAGAGGAACAAGUUUCCAGGAAAUGCAGCAAAGCCACUUGGAGCAACCCCCGCCUCAACAUAUGGAGAUAUUACCUACCCCACCUGAGCAAGGUACAAAGAGGAAGACUCCAGAUGAUCCUCAUUCUCAACAUACUUCAUCAUCAGCGAAAAGACAAGAGACUGAACAUCCUGAUUAUGGUUUGAUGGUUCACCUUAAACCAUCACAGGCGCCAUGA